UUUUCUAUAUUACUCAGCUAUACCCAACCAAUACAAAACUGUUGAUGAUCUUCUAGUCAGUUAAAAAUGUCAUCAACAUUCGCCGGUUUUAGCGAAGAAGAUUUACAAAGAAUUAAAUCUGGAGAGACUGAGAAAAACAGCGAUCAUCAAAGCAUAGAGACAGUGAGGAGGAUUGAAAAAAUUGGUUCAAUACAAAAAAGGGCACCUAAAAAGCCGCUUUCACUACAAAAACAAGUUUCAGAUGAUAUUAUCAACACGGAUCUUUUUGAGAAGUGUAGAUUAAGUCUUACCACACAAUCUCCACCACUGCCAUCUCAAGAAAUAAUAGAAUUAAAUGGUUACAAUAUGACUACUGACCAGAAUGAGAAAGCUUGUGAAAAAAGCAAUGAGACGGGAGAUAACACUAAUGUUGCACCUGAUGUAAUAAGAUGUGUUGAUAAUUAUACAGAAGAUGAAUUGGUGGUGCAUAAGGUGAAGUUGGAAGAGCUUCAGCUGCGGCAGAAGUUGAUGGAGGAACAGAAUAAGAAGAGGAAAGAAAUGCUUGCUAAGGCGCUGGCUGACAGGACGAAACAAACAGAAGAAGAAGUGCAAAAAUUAGAAAAAAUAAAGAAGGAAUUACAAGUAUUGGAUGGUCAGUUUUCACAGGAUGUCGCAGUGUUGAGGAAAAAAAUUGAUCAAGCAUGCAUCAGUUAUUCAGAGGCAGAAAAAAAUUAUUUAAAAAUUGAGAAAGAGUUUCUGCAAGCAAAAAUACAACUUCAAAAGGAAAAGGAGAAGAAGGAAUUGCUAACUGAGCAUCUGUGUGCUUUAAUCACUCACAAUGAAACUAGAAAAGCUCAGAAACUAGAGACACUUAUGUUAGAACUUGCCAACGAUAAAAAUAAAGAAUUAAACGAAAUGUCCGGUGUAACACCAACAGAAGAUAGGCCUGUUAUUAUAGAUGGAGUAGACGAAAAGACUGGUAAGAUGGUGGAAAUUUUUAAUGAAAAAUAGAACAUAAUUUAAUAUUUUUAUAGAUGCGGGAAUAGAAAUUUAAUACAAAUUUUGGUGCAAUAUGGCAUCUAAUGUACUAAGGUGCUAACUCUAAUAUAUGAUAUUAUAAUAAUUUAAUGAUAUUAGAUAAGAGAUUCCUUGACAAAUAUAUAAAAAAUAGUAUUACUAUGACAUUUUUAAACUACAGGUAUAUUUUUAUAAACUCUACUUUUGUAGUACAAAGCUUUGUAUUGAAUGAGAUAUGUUUGUAUCAAUGUAAAAUGAAUGUUAUGAUUCAGAUAAGCAUUUUUAAAUGCGCUAUCGAUUAUUAUGCAUUUAAAGUUCGUAUAUGAGCGCGCGUUUAAUUAUUUUUUGUACUAAACAUACAUUCUUGUUAUUAUGUGCCUUAUUAUGUGUACAAAUGGAUACUUAUGUACUUUAUAUUUCGUCAAAUUCUUGUGUAAAACACAAUAUUAUCAUAACAAGACUAAUAAUAAUUAUUACUUAUGCAUGCUUAUUGUUAUUAAUAAAAAGGGCAAUUAUUUAUAAA